AUCCCUGGGAAAGUCGCGGAAUUUUGCCCAAAUAUAUCCCGUGCGAUCUGAGUGUGGGCACCACGGAGAGAGCUUCGGCGAAUGAUCAAGUGGGGAUUCAUCCUUUGGAGAAUGAUGUGGGGUGGAAGAGGAGCAGCUUGGCUUUGGAUUUGGGCCUGUUUACUGGUGACCAGCGUUUUGGCUGGAAAAAGCUCCAGUCAAAGCGCAGAUGAGCAGAAAGACAACACCACAGUUUUCACCAGGAUUCUGGACAGCCUCCUCGAUGGCUACGACAACCGUCUCAGGCCUGGACUCGGAGAGCGUGUAACCGAAGUCAAGACUGACAUUUUCGUGACGAGUAUUGGGCCGGUCUCGGACCACGACAUGGAGUACACCAUCGAUGUGUUCUUCAGGCAGAGCUGGAAGGACGAGAGGCUGAAGUUCAAAGGUCCCAUGGCUGUGCUCCGUCUCAACAAUCUCAUGGCCAGCAAAAUCUGGACCCCCGACACGUUUUUCCACAACGGAAAGAAGUCAGUCGCCCAUAACAUGACCAUGCCUAACAAACUUCUGCGGAUCACAGAGGAAGGAACUCUGCUUUACACCAUGAGGCUUACAGUCAGAGCUGAAUGUCCGAUGCAUUUGGAGGACUUCCCAAUGGACGCCCAUGCAUGCCCUCUCAAAUUCGGCAGCUAUGCCUACACAAGGGCUGAGGUGGUGUACGUUUGGACGCGAGGGGCAGCGCAGUCUGUGGUCGUGGCUGACGACGGCUCUCGGCUCAACCAGUAUGACUUGAUGGGACAGACAGUGGACUCGGGUGUGGUGCAGUCCAGCACUGUUCAGAUGGAGGCCCUGUUAAACCUUCUAGUCCUGUGA